AUGGCUGAGCGGCAAACAAUAAAGAUGGCAAAAAUAAAUAUAGAAUUAUUAAUUUCAUGUGUGCAAAGUCGGCCGCUAUUAUGGCAGGAUAGAUUGCCAAAUUUUAAAAAUAAAAAUAUUACCGAUAUGUUAUGGAGUGAAGUUGGUAAAAUUUGUGGUUGCGCAGGAGAGACAGCAAAAACAAAGUGGAAAAAUUUGAAGGAUAGUUACCGCAAAAUUUUGCAGAAAAUUCUAACUGGUUCCAAACCAAUGAAAAUAAGUUGGCCAUAUUUUGAGAUGAUGAGUUUCAUCAAAGACACUAUGGCAGCAGAUCCCAUCGAAAUUAAAUUGAUUCCAAACAAAAGAAGAAAGAAGGACACACCAAUUAGUAACGAUAUAGAAUUUGUUAAGUUAGAAAGUGAAGAGAUAGAAAUUCCUAAAAAGGAGACGGAAUUGCAAGAAAACAGUGACGACCUGUAUUUUUUCAAAAGUUUACUGCCAGUUAUGGAAAAAUUUGACCAGAUUGAAAAAUUGGAAAUUCGAGGAGAAAUCCAAAAUUUAUUACUAAACAAACUUAAGUUAAAAGAAAAUAAACUAAAAAAAUAA